AUGGCGCCACAAGGCGAAGCUACGCUUCCGGCAACGCGUCGAACUCGAAAGUCCAUCGGAGGCGGCCCAUCAACGAGGAGGACACUCGACAAGGAAAAUGCGACACUCGAUGUGGGCAGCGCCACGGGCGGCACUAGGAAGAAAUCUCGGAGCAAAAGCAUGGGACCCGGCGGGCUCGAUCCCCUUAAGAUGGGCAACGGCAAUCGCAGAGCUUCCCUAGCUGUCGCAACGCCACGAUCCAUUCUGAAACCCACCGUACCAUUGAUCCCCGAUAUUCCAUCCUUCAAGCCGAAGCAAGCGUCAGGAAGCAACGAUGCCGGGAACGAUGCCGGGGGGACUAAGGUUGCCUUGCGGACCGAGGAGGAGCAGCAGGCUGCGGCGAGGGAACGGGAGGAGCGGGAGCGUGCCCAGCUUGAAAAAGAGACAAAGGACAGGAGAGAAGCAAGGAGGAAGUCGCUCGCCAACCGCCGGGUGUCAUUUGCGGCAGAGGCAACAUUACAUACUUUCCACGAUCUUGAGGAAAUGCAAGAUUCCACCACCUCUACCGACGCCACGCGCCGAGCAUCUUCGGCCGCCGGACAACCCCCCGCGCAACAGCAGCAGCAGCAACAGCAACAACACCCCGAUUCGGACCCGCCAUCUACACCGCCGGAUGAUAUAGAGGAAGAUCAUGCCGACGAAUCCCCAGCCAACCAGAGAGACCUUCAUCAACGGAACCGUCGGCGGAGCUCUGCGGCGUCAUCUACAUAUGGAUCCGACGAUACCAUUGCCUCUACAGUUUACGAUUCCGACUUUGAGCACGCCGAAAUUCAAGCAGUAGAAAUGGAAGGCUCCAGCGACGAGGAUGGGACCAUCAUGACGGUCGACGCAGAAGAGAUGACGUCGGCAUCGACGGCUUCGCCCAGGUCCGCUUUUGGUGGUGACACGUCUGGAAGUCUGGAUGAGAAUCUUCGGCUCGCUGCUCGGCGGGCUGUCACUCAGAGCAUCGACGAAGACGAGGAAGUCAUCGCGGGCUUUGCGGGGUGGGGCAGAAAGAACCCGUCGCAGGAGAGCAUCAACCAAAGCAACGUGCAAUCGAGCCACCCCCCUGACGGCGGUGCUAGCGACCAGGGCUCGGAUAUGGAGAUGGAGAUGGAUAUGGACAUGACUAGCGCGGCGGGUGGAAUUCUAUACCCCCAACUUCCGUCUCCCGACAGGGGCGAUGAAAUCAACGAGGAUCUAUCUAUGGACGUCACAACGGCCCUCGGUGGAAUCCUUUCCAAAGCCAAGGCGUUCUUGCGCCGCAAAUCCGUCAACCCCGAUGUUCAGCCGGAGCACAAUGAGGCCGACGAGCAGACCAUGGACUUUACAACGGCGGUCGGUGGGAUUCAACAGAGCAGAGUAUCUGACGGGAGUCGUGACGACACCGAAGUUAAUGAAGACAUGUCUAUGGAGUUCACGACCGCUGUGGGUGGUCUUCUACCGGGCGGAAGGCAGAACAGCCGGCGGCGGACAAUAGCUGCAGAGGAUGAUGAUGAGGACGGGGCCAUGAUGGAUGUGACAGUGGGUGUGGGUCGGAUUCUGCCCGUCGAGGCGGAGGACGGGGACGGAGAUCAAACCAUGGGGAUGGAUAUGACAAUGGCUGUGGGAGGUAUCAUCAAGUCGGCAUCCACACCAGAAGCGCGUACCGCCGCCAGGAAGAUUAUGGAGCAGGAAGCUGACGAGCCUCAUCUCUCCAUCACAUCAACCGCUGAACGCUCACAAUCCCCAAAACGCCCAGCUACUUACGUUGCGGAGGAGAAUACCAGCCCUGUGCGUUCGCCAUUUCAAGGGAGGGGACUUCGUCGCAGCCCACCCCGCGCAAUCUCACCCGCAGCCUCGCCGGUCGCAAAGCCACCGGUACAACCUAGCAGCUCCCCGAUGCGGCGCACCCCAUCGCCCAAGAGGACCACACCACAGGCACGGCGAAGCCCCGCAAAGACACCGCCCUCGGUAUUUGGCAGCAAGUCCAGUUCACCUAUGCGCAAUCUCUCGUCUCCGGCCAAGGCUACGCCGCGCUCGCCCGCCAAAUUGAAGCUUUUUCAUCAAGACCCCAGUACCGGGGUCAGCACACCUAAUGUCGUUCUCACACCGCAGGGUCGGCGGCUGUCAGGAGUCGGUGCUGACCGGCCUGGCCUAGGAUCGCCACGAGUUGCGGAGAUCUUCGACCGCAGAGAGUCCAUCGGGGAAGCAGCCCACGAUUUUGUGCCUAGCCAGCCUGCAAACCCUCGGCGAAACGUGGCCUUUGCGGAUCCGCGAGAGCUGGAAGCUGAAAUCGAUAGGGAGCAGCAGGAUGAACAAGAGAAGGAAGACAGCAGGAGGGAGUUCAAUAGCUCUCAGGAUGAUCGCGAAGGAACCCUCAACCUGAUGGAGAUGAUUCAAGGACUUAGUCCCAAGAAGAACCCGCUCCGAGGGCGGAAGAGCCUCCACGUAGGCAGUGCCCGGGGCCUCUUGGGCAAGCGGCCAGCCGAGCUCGAAGAUGAUGAGGAUUGGGAGGAAACGGACGGUGUGAAGCGCCUCAAGGGGCAUCAGGGCAGUCCGGUCAAAAACAUCAGGCUACAGUCACCGCCAUCAAAGGCCGAGACUACAACCGGCAGAAAAACACGAUCCAGCAUCAGGCCGUCGGGGCUCCCGGAUACCGGCAAUGCCACGCCGACCGUGGCAAGCUCUCCACAGAGAGCGACAACACCCAGAGACCAAGACCGAUUUAGGGGUGCUGGUGACAACCAGGCGACGACCACAGUUGAUUUCGAUCACAUUACCCCAAUGGAUGGAGGCGAAAUGCAGCAAGACGAGGAUGGGGAACGUAUUCACUUGCAAGACUUCCUCAACAUGACCAGUAUCCGUUUCAUGGAGUUGACCACGACCAAGCGGAGGCAUACGGUGGCUCCGGGCUCGUCGAGGGAAAGUACCGCUGCGGAUACGAAAGAUGACUUGUCUCUUGAGAGAUGCGUCGUUGCGGGCGCGUGCACCGUGCCCAUGCUAGAAUUGUAUCAGCACUCUUGCCGCGAGUUGAAGAAAUAUAUCUCUGAAGGCCGCCGCAUCGUUCACGAGAUCGAGACCGAGACCUUCGAAGAGAACCCGCCGCUCUUCCGAGAGUACAUGACGGCGUCGCCUGAGUUCAAGGUCUUGAUGGACAACCAAUUCAAGAACGUCAAGACCCACGCGAGACUGCUCAGCAAGGCGAUGUGGUACGAGUGGCGUAUGAAGCUGCAGGACGGCCUGAAGGAGGGGUUGCUGAAAACGGCAGAGGGCAUGGACAACGACGAUAAGCUGCUGUCGAAGCAACAGGAACUUAUAGCGUCGAUCUUGCCUGAUAUGGUCAAACGCUUUGAGGCACUGGAGCUGGAACACGGGGACCUCGAGGCCGUGGCACAGGAGCUUGCGGACUGCGACCCGCAGGACCUUGAGGAUGCACGAAGCGAGCUCGCGUCGGUAGAUAAGAGCAUUGAGGAAAAGACAAGAAAACUCGCAGAGCUCCGGCGAGAACUCGACGAGUCUGUCCAGGGCUUCGAGGCACUCACGCAACAAAAACAGCAGUAUCUAGAAGAGAUUAGAGAGGCCGACAAGAUCCGUGAGGAGUGCCGAGGGUGGUCAUCGGAGGAGAUCAGCAAGCACAAAGGUAAG